ACGGAGGAGCAGCGGAGGAACCGACCGGGUCGCACCUCAGCACGAGCCUCGUGUCCGAUAGGAGUCGUCUGCUGGCACGGCUGUUCCAAGAGGACGCAUCCCCGCACGCAUGAGUGAACGCCAACACAGAAAGAGGAGCUUUUCUUUUUUGGGGGGGGGUUUUCACUGCCCGCACUAUCCGGAUGAAGAAACGGGGUCGUCCAGAAAAAAAAAAAAAACUGCCUUUUCAAACUACUACAAGGCAUAACGGAGGACAAAAAUGUUUUCCUGUGUGCAGAUGACUGGACAGCACCAACCAGUUGGACCACCCUCACAAACUGUACAUGCUGCUGCCCUACUUACUACCGAUGCAAUGAGGAAUCAGCAAACUGGGAUUACAAAUAACUCGUAUCAGAGCAGGACAGUGUACAUGGGAGUCCAAUCAGCACAAAAUGGUCAUUACAACUUUCAAGAUGGAGCUUACUCUGACAGACAGAUGUCCAAUUGGCAAACUUCAGCAGUUCCUCAUCAGACAAUGUCCUCUCAGCAGACAGCUGCAGUGCAGAAUAAGAAUUCUUUGGUGAAAACUUUACUGUUGUCUGGCUGUUUGCCAGAAUUUAAUGGAUAUCCGGCUACAGCUCAACAUCAUUUUCAUCAGAACUCUGCUCAGAAUUCAAAGACCCAGACUCCACCCAAGGUGAUGGCUGCAUACUCCCAGCAACAUACGGCUACGCGCUGGAACCAACCAGUUACAUUUCAUGGGAAACAAUCAAUAAGGACACAAGAUGGAAGUGCUUUGUCUCCCCUAUAUCAUGGGGCCCGUAAAAUGUAUGAAAAUGAAAAUGGAAUGCCAACUAAACAAACUAAAGCUUAUCCUUCAAACAUUACAACAGCAACCUCGCUUCCACGUGAACAGAUGGUUUGCACCAGAACAUUAGUGUCUGCUACUUCACACAAGCGGCCGAUUGCUAAUAACCAGUAUCACAGACAAAAUGUCACUCAACCUGGAUUUUCUUCUUCCGUCCUCCCAACUUACAGUGAAGCGGUCACUUCAAUAAGUGGACAGAUCCAGCAUGAUUACGGCAUGAGUCUGAAUACUCAACAAUACUCGGCUCAACUCAACACGCCUCCUUACAAUGGCCGUGAGGCCGCAUUUUUGGCACACAGUUUUGGGAAAAGAACACAUGGGCUGCCUCGAAGACCUACUGCUGGUGCUCCUCAACAAAUGCUUGUCUGCCAAAAUGAGGAAGCUGUGAUAAUCGCAGAAAUUGCUGACCAUCUACAAAAAUCGUACCCUGCUGACUUAGAUGGUCAUCAUCCAGUUUAUUUGAGUUCUCCCCCCAUGGGGAGGCAGUUGGUCAGAAUGGAGUGUAAUCAAACUAUGCAACCUCUGACACCAACUGUUGCUGUAAAUUGCAACUCAAAGUCCUCCCAGCUUCAUUCUUUACAAUCUUUGCCCAAUCAUGUAAUGUCAAGAAAACAGCUCAUGGGAACAUCACCUCAGCAAAGCUCUGUACCAGAUGUCAUCCAUGACACAACAACAGGAACAACAACAGGAGAUAGAAGUAGAAAUGGAAACAAGGUGGACAGUGCACUUUUUCGUCAAAGGAACGGUGUCCUAACGGGAAAUGUAGUUGGAUCUUCGAUUAAUGUAUUUGGGCAUAUUCUGCUGCCUGAGGGCAUUUCACCACAGAGAACUGAGACCCAAUCAUCUGUAGUAAACAAUCAAGGAAUGCUUGAAAUAUUGGAAAGGCACCCGUCAGUCAAACAAAAUGACAACUCAGUUUACCCCUCUCCCAGUCGCACAGGCGCAAGAGCUGUUGCUGUUGUGCAACCAUUGUCACAAGAAAGCUACCAGGUUGCCAUAAAGCAAGCCUCUUCAAACACCAUUAAUCAAUCGCAUGAGUGCCCUACAAUGGAUAAAUCUUUGAGCAACCCUGAGAAAAAUUUUUCUGCUUCAGCUGGUGAAAUAAACAAACAUAGUGUAAAUUUGAAUGAAGGAUUUCCCACACACCCACAUGAAACAAGGUCCUACAAUUGUGUUACCAGUCAUUCAGCAGCAUCCAAUGAUGGCACUGUUGCGUCCGUUUCAGAUUCAGUUGGACCUCAACACCAGCUAUGUGCACAAAAGAAAGGAAAUGAACUGCCUAGCGACCAGUGUGUUCCACCCGCUGUUCAACGACCAGUAACCUCUGGGGUGCCAGGAAGCCAACAUUGUGAUAUGGACAAAAAUGAGAUCCCAACAGAAACGGAUCCAAAAACCUGUGUUUUGGACCUGUUCUCAAUCCCAACAACCACGUGGACUCUUGAAAUGCUAACUACCUUGAUAGAGGAUAACGAAAAAGCCCAGGAGUCCCAAUGCGUCAGAAAUGUGAAUUCUGAACAUGAAAACCCCUUUUGGAAUGGUAAGGUUGACCUUUUAAUGGGUUCAUACAAGAAUGUAAUUGCUGCUGUUCAAGAAUUAUGCCUGAAAUAUGAGACACCAGACUCUGUGAUUCUAUCAGAAGUAUCAAAAAUAUCUCAGAAGCAACUCAAAAGCUGCCAUGUCCUCAAAGAUAAUGACAUUUAUUCAGAACUGCCCUACAUAUCAUCGUGGUUGAAUGUCAAUGAGCGGGUGGAUGACAUUGAUAAAGACUUUGGCUACCCAUGGUCUUUAAGGCAUCGUCUUUACACACUGGAGAGUGACAGCCAGCCAGAUGUGAUUGAGGUGAUCAGCAACAUUCCUGCACAAAAUUUUAUAGAGGUGCCCAACAAAGUCUUGCCACCGGCAGAACUUGAAUCUGUUGACUCGGGUGAAAUGCCCUGUCCUAAUAACAGAGACAGUGCUGAUUCCAGGGACCCAUUUUACUCAUUUCAAAUCAAAAUUUUGACCCCAGAAGAGGCCAAAGUUAUCUUUGGGCAAAUACAAAGUAAGAUUCUGCAAAGUAGGGACUCAGACAGUCAGCUAGAGGAAGUAAUGAAAAGUUCCGUGGAGGACAAGCAACCUGACACUAGAGUCACAUUGAGUCACUCAACACCAAAUAACAAAGUAGGGCCUCCAAAAGAGGGGUUUUGCUGCCUCGCACGGUGGAUAGAAACAAUUGCUGGUUCAGACAUUCCUUUUAAAUGUGAGUGCAAGAAAGAGCAAUGCCAUAAAGAUUGUACCGAGGAGACCCUUGAUAAGGAAGAAAUAACAGCAGAAAAUGAUCCGAUUCUAACUAUUGACUUAACUGAAGAUGACAAGGAACCAACCUCAAAGUCUGAUGAGGAAACAAAGAACAUUUCCAUAACUGGCACAGAUGAUAGCCAGUCAAGCAUUAUAGUCUUAAGCGACAGCGAGGUUGAAGAUCUCUCCAAAUGUGAAAUUCCCAACCAGAUCCCAGAUUUUUUCUUUCUAACGUCAGGCCCUGAGGAGGAGUGUGUACAAGAACAGCUGAUCUCAACUGGAAGCGGUCCUUCAAGCAAUUCAGACAACAGUGAGCAAGAUGUCAAGAUGGUUCUAAGCAGUGAUUGUGGGAGCCAAAUGUCAGACCCUGUAGAGGAACGUGCACAAGCUGAGAAGACAUCAACAGAUGCAGCAGAGUCAUCAUUGAGAGCGGAAGAACAAACUCAAAUUAGACAAAUGUCUGGCCUGAAGAUGACCAUCCGUCUCAGUGGUAAACAUGAAACCGCCAAAAGGAAGUGGAUGACACAAUGCACUGAUGAACAAAUGUCUCCAUUCCUGAAGAAAUCAAAGAAAAGCAGACAUUCUGUUGGCCAAGAUUCAGAGCCUGUCCUCGUGGGUGUAAAAGAUAAGGUUUCUGUUGAUGCUUCUGAUUGCGAACAUUCAGACUCAAAUGUUAACACUGUGAAACUGACGCUGUUUGGUUCAAAGCGUCAAGGGAAGUGUGUUUUUCCGGGAGUCAGAAAGAUCCCCCAUUCAUCUCCAGAGCGUCUGUAUCAUGCAGUACAAAGGCCUCCAGAGUUUCUCUCUGUAAACCUCAAGAGGAAGUCCAGCGUUCACAAUCAACACAGGGAAUAUUCCAUCAAACAAUUUAUUCAAGAAAAAUGGAGGAGAAGUUUUGUGCCAACUACAAAGAGGCGCAGAAGGAAACUGAAAGCACAGCAGUGUACUUCUGCUUCUUUAUCUGGGGUGAGUCUCAGGAAAGCUUGUUCCUCCAACACCAAAGAGCUGCCAGUUAGCUCCGAUAUGAUCGGCAAAAGAGACGCCAAGCGCUGCCUGAGUCUGAAGAGGAGGCUGCUCCACUCUAGCAGAAUCAAACUUGGAGAGGAGAAUGUGAGCGAAGAUGUGGUUGCACUCAAACGGCACGAUCAAACGAGACGUGACGAUGAAAAUGGAAAUGAUGCUGCAAUACCUCUUGAGGAAAACGGUGUCCUGAACCUCUGUGUGUUACCCAGCACCUUCAACACUGAAGAUGGAUCCAACAGGAGAAAGGAAGCCGCCGGCCAUGUGUCAGAUAACGCCGACACAACCGAAGGAAAGAGACCAGAUAAAACUAUCACAGGGGCAAAAGGAACAUGGCAUCAGCAUCCUGUGAAGAAAUAUAAUCCCCUGUGCCCGCCUCACGGCCCCAGGACCUCCGGCCUCUUCCGGGAGUUCCAGAAGAAAUACAAGAAGAUGCAGCCAUCCACAGAUGAAUAACACGGAAAAGAUGGUUUCAUUUGCAACAGAGACAGAUUUUAAGCCAAAAUGUUUGGGGGUUUUUUGUAUUCAAGGAGUUCAUAUUUUUUUUAAAGUUUGUAUAUAUUUUCUUUACAAUAUGUCAAGCAAUUUACGAGUGCAUGAGUCAUGUCAUUGUCGGACAUAAAAUUCUCAGUUUACAUUUAAAGGUAGAAUUCCUUAUGUCUUGUGUUUGAUGCAAAAAUGUACACUAAACUAUAUUUAAUCUAUAUAUUUAUAUUUUUCUAUAUAUUUUUCAAUAUUUUGUCAUUUCUUUACAUUUUGAACAUAUUUCUUUAAGGAUUGUGAAAAUGUCUUUUGGGUUUUGGAAAGUCCAGUUUUAUUUUUGAUAUAACUCAUGUUGAAAUCACAACAAUCACCCUUCAAGUGAUUUACAACUAAGUAGGUAAAUAUAAGCUGCCUGGUCACCAGAACAGACGAUCGUUUGUCAGUGCUGGUUGUGACGGAGAAUAAGGGAGAAAUGUCUUAUUUAAAAAAGUUGUCCUUUUUCAUUUCACAACCGUUUGUAUUACUGCCUUAAAUACAUUGUUUUUUACAAUUUGUGUCUGUCUACUACUAUUUUUACAUUUUACAUUUUUUAGGAAAUUUUACAAUAGGGCUGGCAGGGAAAUUUCUGGAAAAAUGUCCAGAGCAAAAUUUAUAGACAUUUUCUUUCUCACAGCCCAUCGUGAAAAGUUCAGGAAAAUGUGAGAACUUCAGUGCAGCUUAACUCUACAGUUUGUCAACUUUUAAUAUUUGGUCCUGAUCAAACCUGACGUUAACAUCUGUCUUGUGUGAUCCGAUCACACGUGGACUGCUCUUAGUGCAGGGUUGAAUGAACCCACAUGUUGGGGUGCACAUUUGAUAUCCAAUCACUCAAAGCGGAGUUGCCAAACUUCCAUGUUGAUGCCAGCAGGUAUACAGGGUCUUUUACAAGCACAUUCACUCUCCCAUUAUCAACUAGCUAAUACCCUCAGUUUUUCUUUGACACUAAAAAAAAAUUAAAA